AGCAUUGGCAUGCUAUUGAGAGGGUAAUGAGAUACCUUAAGAGAACCAUGAACCUUGGAUUACACUAUCAAAGGUUUCCAGCUGUCCUUGAAGGAUACAGUGAUGCAGACUGGAACACUUUGUCAGAUGACUCCAAAGCUACAAGUGGCUAUAUUUUUAGCAUAGCUGGUGGCGCUGUUUCUUGGAAGUCAAAGAAACAGACUAUUUUAGCACAGUCCACCAUGGAGUCUGAAAUGAUAGCACUAGCCUCUGCUAGUGAAGAAGCAGGUUGGCUUAGAAGCCUGCUAGCUGAGAUCCCUUUAUGGGAAAAACCGAUACCAGCUGUGUUGAUCCAUUGCGAUAGUACCGCGGCUAUUGCAAAAGUCCAGAACCGUUAUUAUAAUGGUAAGAAAUGA